CAAAUCCUGAGAGAUUUCUCGUCUCUCCCUUUCCAUCUCUCUAGCGUCUGAUAUCUCCCAUUCCAGUGCAUUGGCCGUUCUUUGCUUCUCUUUGUGGAUUCUUUCUUUGUCCGUCCGUGUUUGUUUGGUUGGUUCUUGAGGAGAGAGUUGGACCAGUUGGUGGUGUCCUCUUUGCCCAUCGAAAUGGCCGUUCUCCAUGUAGCCGGCGGUGGCCUCCUCCGUUGCUGAGUCGGUUCUCCUUGGAGAGGAGGAAAUGUGCGUUGACUGCCGGUUUGUUGGCUGUAUCUGAGUCUGUUCGAAGAUUUCCAGACAUCUUGUGGUAAUAUUUCCAUCUUGAUGCUUCUUUCACCGCCUCGAGAUUGCAUCUUUUCGACGAAAGAGAAUGAAGAAGAAAGAUCAGGGAGGAAGAUGAAGUUGACUUCAAAGGAAUGGAAGUCUCUCAUGUCUCUUUGUUUGGGCGGGAAACCUUCCAUCCCUUUCUGUAUCUUCCCCAAGGUUCGUUCGGCUAGCCACUCUCCAGGCAGCGCACCAGUUUAUCUGAACGUAUAUGAUUUGACACUGAUGAAUGGUUACAUGUACUGGGUAGGCCUUGGGGUAUUUCACACAGGGAUCGAAGUACACGGUGUUGAAUAUGCAUUCGGAGCGCAUGACUACCCAACAAGCGGGGUCUUUGAAGUUGAGCCUCAUCAAUGUCCGGGAUUCAAGUUUAGGAAAUCGAUAUUGAUGGGUACAACUUGUUUAGAUCCACGACAAGUUAGAGAGUUUGUGGAGGUACAGUCUGUAAACUACAAUGGAGAUAGUUACCAUUUGAUCGUGAAGAACUGCAACCAUUUCUGUGAGGACAUCAUUUAUAAGUUGACCGGCAAUUCAAUUCCAAAAUGGGUGAAUCGUCUUGCGAGGAUAGGCUCCUUCUGCAAUUGCCUUCUUCCUGAGGCUUCCAAGAUAGCAGCAGCUCCCGAAGACCCCGAUUCACCAACCGAGGACGGCGAGAAAAGGAGACUUAGAACUGCUUUCAGUUGCUUAUCUUCAAUUUCCAUGCGUCCAAGACACUUGUCCACACCUUCGGUUUUCUUGCCUUCUUUAAAAGGGUGUUUUCCACCAUGGCAGUUCAGGAGGUCCACCGCCCUUCCUUUCAAGGAUCAUGAUGAUCAAAAUUGUGACUACAUCCAAAGAAAAGAUCAAUAGAUGUUUCAGAAAUCCUUCUCUCUGCUCGGAAGGUUUUCAUGAUGAUAGGAGCUGAACAUAAAAGGCGGAGAACCCCCAAAAUAUAGUGUUUGCUCUGUUAUCGGUGUUGUUUCAACCGUAAAAGCCGACUCUCAACCUUUGUGUAACUCCUCCUGUGUUGUGUUUGAACAUUUUGAAAUGUAUGUAUUUUGUCACAGCAGUACCAAGUUUUUGUCAUCAGCUGCUGUUCCCCAAAAUUCCAAACCUUCUCUUGUUGUAUCUGUACAGCUCUUUUCCUCAUAAGCUACUUGGUGUUCUGGAUUAAUUUGGCUUUGAGAUACAAAUGCUGUUUGAGCUUAAGCAAUCGUGUGUUGCUUGAGAUGUGGAUGAGCAAAUUCUCGGAUUCAGGAAGCUCU